UCUGGAAUCAACGGCCCGGUGAUGAUCAUGAGCUUCUCGCGCCUUCCUCCCCGUCCGCUUCCUUCUUUCCGCCCUUUAUUUUUCGCUCACAUUUCUACUGCCCACUUUUCCUCCCCCUCCCUCUCCUUAUUCUCCUCCUCCUCCCCCUCGUCUUCUCUCUCUCUCCCAUUAUUCUCCAUACCAAAAAUUCUCCCUCCCUCUUCUUCUGCGAAGCUUCUUUUCCGUGCAGCAGCAUUAAAAUAUAUAUAUAUAUAUACAUAGAAUAAUAAUAAUUUGAUGGUGAUGGGGCCGAAUCCUGCGACGUCGGAAGAGCCUCCGCCGGCGGCGGCGGCGGCGGCGGCGGGGCAGGGACAGCGGACGGCGCCGACGCCGUUCCUGACGAAGACGUAUCAGAUGGUGGACGACCCGAGCGUCGACGACGUCAUCUCGUGGAACGGCGACGGCUCGACCUUCGUGGUGUGGCGCCCCGCCGAGUUCGCGCGCGACCUCCUCCCCAAGUACUUCAAGCACAACAACUUCUCCAGCUUCGUUCGCCAGCUCAAUACUUACGGAUUUCGAAAGGUGGCACCGGAUCGGUGGGAGUUCGCGAACGAGAGCUUCCGCAGGGGGGAGAAGCAGCUCCUCUGCGAAAUCCAUCGCCGGAAAAUCUCCCUGGCGGCGGCGGCGGCCGUACCGGCGGGGAUCCCUCUGGCGGCGGCGAGGGUGGCGUCGCCGGCGAGCUCAGCGUCGACGGGAUCGUCCGGCGGGGGAGCGGCGGGGAGGAGCAAGGGGGAGUCGCUGACGGAGGAGAACGAGAGGCUGCGGCGGGAGAACACGAAGCUCGCGGAGGAGCUGGCGCAAAUGAAGAAUCUGUGCAACAACAUCCUCCACCUCAUGUCGAGGUACGUCUCCGCCGAGCAGUUCCGGAUGGACGCCGCCGCCGCCGCCGCCGCCCCGGGGAGCGAGCGGGAGGGGGACGGCGCCAUCGCCAAGCUCUUCGGCGUCCCCAUCGGGAUCAAGCGGCCGCGGGAGAGCGAUCUCUCCCCCGAGGUCAAGCCGGAGCCGUACGAUGCGAAAACGAAUUUUAAAGCGGCGGCCGCGGCGGAGGAGGCGGAUGAGGAGGAGGAGGAGGAGGAGGAGGGUGGUGGUCAUCAUCGGCGGUGGUUCAGCCUCCGGUGCAAGUGGCCGAUCCAGAGAGCCUGCAACUAAGGAUGCAAAUGGAUCCGGAUUCGCGGAGCUCCUGUUCCGACCCGACCCGAAUAAAGUGGUUAUUAUUAUUGGAGUGAAGAAAAGAAAUUGUUCCAAAUUCGUUUUGAUCGGUUCAAAAUACAAAACGGUCCGGAUAAAGAUCAGUCUGUACGGAACGAGGGCACGUGACAGGAAGGGCUCCCUCACGUGGUAGCGUUCUAGAAGGAUCGGGAGGGUCUAGAAGCCGCUAGAUUUCGUUUCGUGCGCGCUCCGUUUUGUGUUUUUUUAGGUUGCGUGUGUAAAAUGAAAAAUGUCAGAGAUUUUUUUUUUUAAGUAAAAGUGUUUUUGUUAGUUACGAGAAAGAGCUAAAAAGAUCUUAAAUGGAGCGAAUUUAUAUAUCUUGCCCGUUGCUGACGUGGAGAAGGGGGGCGUCGCUUUCGCAUCUGAUCUAAAUAAAUAAAUAAAUAAAUAAAUGAUGAGCUGAA